AAUAAAAUCAAAUGUUGGGUGUCACAUCCAAGGUUGUUUGGUUGACAUUUUUUCCCGAGGAUUUAAGAUUAGUUUUGAGUGAAUAAUGAAAACACUUUCGCUCUGCAGAUGUGUAGGAGAUUACUGACCUUGCAACAUGGAGGUUGGUAAUGUUAUGGGAGACCAGUUUUUACCAAACAACCACGUAGUAACUGAAACAUCAAACACGGAAUCGGCCAACAGUGAACCAAGGCGUGACAGUAAUGCCAUAUAUUCAAAGGAUAAUUCUGCUAAUACAACUAAUUCUGUACAUCAUCAUCAUCGUCGAAAACGGUCCCAUGUGUCACCACUGGCGCGGUCUAGACAGCCCAUGAAUUUGCUAGAAUCACUUCCAUAUACGGAAUGUGGCCUUUCACGUCUGAAAGACCAUGUAGAAAUAAUGGAAUCUGCUGAUGAAGAUAAUGGUAUGGCUAGUUGCAAUUCUGAAACUCUUUUGCAUAAUGAAACUACUCAGACAAUUGAAAAAUCUGUAAAUGCUCUAAAGCUCACAAAAUUAGAUCCAGAGUUCCGUGAUUUGAUCUCACGUUAUGUGUGCUCUGACUAUGUCAUUCAUUGUCUCGAACUGGCUGGGUUUUGUUCACCGUACGUUGUGGCCCGAAUGGAUUACCAUCAGUUGCAAAGACUGGAAGCCUUCGUAGGACAUGCGUGUUCAGUUAUGAAGUCAGCUAGUCUAAGAGAGCAUUUCGUGGGGCCUAUUUUCGCAGGUGAUCCUCUUAAGUUCAAACUGCCUUCUGGUGCAGCUUGUGGAAUUCUUCUUGCGGCCAAUGAAAUACGUAGAAGGUAUCGCCGUACUCAGUUACCAGUAGAAAGUCAAAAUGUCACUGAUGAGGAUGUGAUAAUUGUCCCAGAUUCGUGCGAUCAAAGUUUCAAUGAUGCAGCUUGUCAGACAUAUUCAUCAACAUUUCAUUCGCUUUCUGUAUUGUCCCCAGUGCCGAACAUUUCAACUGAUGCACUUAGCGUUGUGGGAAAUCUAGAAACCACAUCUCCUACAGCGGCUAUGAAUUCGAAUCCUAGGACAUCUAAUUCACCAAACUCAUCAAAGCUAGAAUUAAAUACAGCAUCAAAGACUGGAUCAGCAGCAAUGAUGGCUAGUGCUCUUCAUGUUACUGCUGCGGUUGUAAGUGGAAACGGAUUUAAUAGUUCUAUGCCGACUGAAAACAGUUCGGCGGCACUCCCUACUUUAAAUAACUCCACAUCUGUCGAUGCCAGUUCCGUCCUUCAUCCACAAACUAGCCCCUCACCAGUGUCAUCACGUGUAUCAGUUUCAGCACCUAACACUCAUACUCCCACCGUAACUUCAAAUACUUUUUCCUCACAGCCUAACUUUGUGCUCAGUCCCUCUCCCGUAGACUGCGGCAAUGGAGUAUUAGGAACUGAUGCAGUCAUUCUAGAACGCUUAAAACAACACUCUUCAGCCAGUGCCAUUAGGUUAGCAUCACGGCAGUUCGUCAAUGCAUACCUUAUGCGUGGUAGGGAUUUUGAUAUGGAAAUGGAACUUUCAGUAACACCUGAUGGGUGUAAACGUGUCACCGGGAUAUUUUAUUGUCACUUGUGCAGAAAGAAACGAGAGCGUACCUCAGCUGUACGUUUUACAAUAGCUCGAAAUAGAUAUCCAGUUUUGAGUAAUGUUUUGUCUCAUCUGAAAACUCAUUUCCACUAUAAAGGACAACUGAUGUCAGGAUUAGAGGCAUCAGUGAUCCAGCAAACUCAAAGCUUACUCAAAUCAGCUAAGUCAUUUAACGAAUCCUUCACUGGCAAGGAUGUAAGUCAAUCUUCAGGAGCAUUUAAUUGUUCGAACUAUCGUUCAGACAUAGUUGAGGAAAAUACCCUUAAUCCAUCUAACAAUUCAUUUUUACAACCAUCUGUUUCUGUCAACCAGUUCCACUCCCAUAUAAAACCAGGAUCCGCAGACUAUACCUAUACUGUGGAUUCUGAGGGUAACGAAGAUUCCAAUUCAGUGCAUCCUAUUUUCGACAGUUUGUCUGCCUCUUCAUCACACAGAUUAAAUUCAUCAAGUGAUAGAAGUUUGUCUCCUACUCGUGGUUUGGGACUUGACGUUGGUAUUCCCUCAAGACAAAAUACAACUUCCAGUAAUCGGUGCAAUGCCCUCACAUCUUGACUGGUAUUUUAGCGGCUUCUUUUACUAACAUUUUGUAAGAUUCUGCGAAUUUGUUCACUUGUAAACAGCUGAUUAUCUUGAACAAAGCCAAAACAACAAUUGUACCAGGAUAUGAGCUCAUCUUUUAUUAUUUCGAGGAUUCUCAACUGGUUACAAUCUGAACGAUAAAAAAUAUGAAUUACAUUACAUACUUUUCCACGAUCACAAGGAAUAAUUGGUAGGAAGUAAAAGCUGAUUAUCUACCUGUUCUAAUUAUUCAAUGUGAGAUUUAAUUUGGAAAGAUACGUAUACACAAAGAAAUUACUUAUCAUUCUUCUGCAUUCCGUAGUAGGAAUCCCCUGUAAAUAUCAGUUGUUUGUUGUCUCCGCCAAUUUCUUAAUUAUGGUAUGUACAUUUGUGUAUAAAUUAUUUUUUUCUCGAAAAACUUGUCUGAUGGUACAUGACAGUUGCAUCAUGUGUGUGCAUGAACUUUCACAGAAUUGCUUAUAACGUCUGCUGAAUUUUUACGAUUCUACAAUAUUCUGUCGUCCAGUAUUACUUUGUAUUUUGUUUCAUACCUCGUGUUGUUUAUCAGUAUAUUGUGGACUUUAAUACAUUAAAAUAUUGAGUUUGACAGGUGAAUGAAACACCUUAGUAAAUAAAAUCUUGGGAAGCUUAAUCGCAAUCAACUGGUCUUACAUUUUACAUUACAGUCAUUCAAAAAUCUAUCCUUUGGUAUUUAAAAAUUACUGAGACUGAACGUCAUGAGACACAUACAUUUAAAAGGCGAAGUAUUACUCAACAACCACAUUACCUGAUGACUUCAGUGUUGGGUCUGGUUACGCAAAGUUCAGUGAUUCGUAACGGAUGUUACCUAAAGUCCA